AUGUCUUCUUGCGACGAUUUGUUCUACCUCGAUAUCGACUACUCUACUGACCGCGAUGGCUGCUACGAGGUCGGCUCGACCAUCAACUUGGAAAACGCCUACUUCCUGGACGGCAUUGCAGAUGAGGGCUCCGCUCUGGUGUAUGCCUCAGAGAGCAUUGUGGAUGAUAACCUUGUCUGGGUGUUGGGCAACGUAAACGAGUGGUACGACGGCGACACUUGGGACGUAUCGUGGCUCUGUCGGGAUGCCGCCCUGGGUGACGCGUCUACCCAACACCCGUCGGAGGUGGUCCAGUGGAACUGUUACAGCUCAGAGGAUAGCGAUUACACAAGAUUGGACGAGAUAUCAAUCACCUGCAGCUGCGGCACCACUCCCGCUCCCACCGCCCUUUCUUGCGACGAUUCGUUCUCCCUCGAUGUCGACUACUCUAGCGUCCGCGAUGGCUGCUACGAGCUCAACAUUGCCUGGACCAUCAACGGGGAGAACUCCUACUUCUUGAACGGCAUUGAGGAGGAUGUGGACUCAUCUGUGGUGUAUACCACAGAUGACUUGGUGGAUGAUCAUCUUGUCUGGGUGUUGGGCAAUGUAAACGAGUACGAGGAAGGCAAUUGGGUCAUAUCGCCUAUCUGCCGGGAUGCCGCCUUGGGUGACCCGUUUACCCAAGAACCAUGGGAGGUGGCGCGGUGGGACUGCUACAGCUCAGAUGAUGACGAUUUCACAAGAUUGGACGAGAUAUCAAUCACCUGCAGCUGCGACACCACUCCCGCUCCCACCGCUGGCUCCACUCCGGCUCCCACCGUUGGCCCCACUCCAUUUCCCACCGUUCUCCCCACCCCCGCUCCCACCACUGGCUCCACUCCCGCUCCCACCGUCUUCUCCACUCCAGAAACUGAAACCUUCACUCCCGCUCCCAUUGCCAUCAUCUCCCCUCGAGAAACUGUCUCCCCUCUCACCACCAAUCCUUUUCCUUCGCCUUCCUUCACCGAGUCCACUCCCCCUUUCACCCUGUCCCCGCUUCCUGAAGGCACGACUACUCCGGCGACGGUCGCCUCAUCUGGUGGAGGAGAUACUUCGACAAUGAGUGUCGUCGCCGGUGCGGUGGGAGGCGGGCUAGUCGUAGGGGCGAUCGCGGCGGUAGUUCUGCUGUUCAAGACUGGCCGCCUAAAGCCCUGCGGGAAUGACAACUCAAGCGAGCCGUCGCCUGGGGUGGGAUCGAUACCCGCUGGUGCACCCUCUGCCACGAGCAGUGCAAUUGCGGGGACGCAGCUUCCGGCCGCAAUGCAGUACCCUGAGGCUCUACGUACGUAGCACGCGACGCUCCUACCGCUCCAACCGACGGCAGAGUAUGAGGACGUUUUGGGUUCCUCUUCUUUUAGCAGUCGGUUUCGCCACCCUCCACAUGUAGUGAAGGGCACGGUAAUCGUGCAUAUCUCCGGGUAAGACGAUGUUCGCGACGGCACGCAACCGCACAACGACGACGUGUUCGAACGUUGGUGAGCACUGCUGUGGAGUUUGUUACUACAAUCGUCGUGUGCACUUUACCACGCCUGGUUGGAGUUGACGUUGCUCUUUGACACCUAUAAUUGACCAACCAAACUCAAAGUAGCGUCGUUCGUGAAACAGGCCACCAAGGCAAUUUCGACCUAGGUGAUGAUCGCUGUUGUGUUGACCGUACUACUACUGUAGACUUCAUUAUGUCACCAAGGAAUUGCUGUUGGAUCCAUGAUCAUUUUGGGUUUGGAAAGAAUAACAUCAAGUCGAUCAUUCGAAGAAUUACCGCUC